CGCAAAUCAAACCCCUCUCCUUUCUCUAUAGAUUUCCUCUCCGAUCAUGGCGACGGUUCCUCUCGAGCCUAUCCUCCAUCAUCAUCACUGGCGGGAAACCUCAAAGUCUCCAAUGGAAUCUGAAAAGCAUAAGCAAUCUUCCCUGAAUUACACUUGGAAGACAAGGAAUUGUUUGAUCGGAAAUGGCGCCAAACGCUGCAACUUCAGGCCUGUUAGUUCUAGGGUUAUGAAAACUACCGUUAGAGCUUCUUCUAAUAGCUCGGUUGCUGAAUUAUCUCUUUCCAACACAUCCAACUCCGAUAAUGUCAUCUUCCACAAAACAUUUCCAUUGCAAUGUAUCGAAAAGGUCGAAGGAAAGAUAUUAGUCAGAUUAGAUUGUGGAAAAGAUGAAGAGAAUUUGCAGCUUGUUGUUGGAUGCAAUCUUCCAGGGAAAUGGAUUCUUCAUUGGGGAAUUAAUUAUGUUAACGACAUUGGCAGUGAUUGGGAUCAGCCUCCUGUUGAGAUGAGACCUCUAGGCUCCAUUCCCAUUAAGGAAUAUGCAAUUGAGACCCCUUUGGAAAAAUCAGUGGAGAAGGAAGCAGGGUUCAUAUAUGAAGUGAAGAUUGAUUUCAACACCAGAAGUUCAAUUUCAGCAAUAAAUUUUGUAUUAAGGGAUGAAGAAACUGGAUCUUGGUAUCAACACAAAGGGUCAGAUUUUAAGGUGCCUCUUACAAAUAUAUCUAAUGAUGAUGGCAAUACUGUAGGAACUAAACAAGAUUUUGCCAUAUGGCCAGGGACUCUGGGACACUUAUCUAACAUGUUGCAGAAAUCUGAUGGUGGCAAUUCAAAAGAAUCUACCCAGAAGGGGAACCUUUUUUAUGAGGAAUAUGACAUUGUAAAACAAUCAAUGGUUGAUAACUCCAUGAGUGUUUGCAAAAAGAGAUGUCCUGAAUUUGUUAAUAAUCUUCUGCAUAUAGAAACUGAUAUUCCUGGUGAUGUUGUUGUUCAUUGGGGUGUAUGCAAAGAUGAGAGUAAAAAAUGGGAAAUUCCAACUGGACCCUAUCCAGAUAAAACAUCAAUAUUUAAGAACAAGGCUUUGCAGACUCAAUUG